GCCCUGACGUCAGGGGAAGGCGUGUGGAUGCGUGUGUGUGCGAGGCGCACAUCAUACACACAUCAGAUAGCGCAGAUCCAUCAGCAGGCAGCCGGCAGGCAGGCAGGCAGCCGGAGAAAGCCCCCCAAAGCCGGGCUACAGGCGAGACCGCUGCUCCUCCGGUAGCGGUAGCUGCUCCUCCGCACGGUAGCGGAGCAGCGUUCGGCCCCGCCAAGCACCGAUGCUUUGUAAAGAGCAGCUCCACGGAGCCCCUCACUGCUAAGGAGGUCACAGGUAGCAGACCCACACCUCUGGGUGCCCUUUCUCCUGCCUCCUGCCUGCCUGUUCCCAAAACGGAGGAGCCCACGGAUCCCACCAUGGCCUCGGACCCCAGUGCUCCGCCGGCAGUGCCCCCUCUGCACUCCCCCAAGUCCCCAGUGUGGCCUACCUUCCCCUUCCAGCGGGAGGGCAGCCGCAUCUGGGAGCGGGGCAACCUCCUGCUGCGGGACCUGCCCAGUCCCCUCCCCACCAAGAGGACCAGGACCUACUCCGCGACAGCGCGUGCCUCCGCUGGCCCCAUCUUCAAGGGUGUCUGCAAGCAGUUCUCCCGCUCCCAGGGCCAUGGGUUCAUCACUCCUGAGAAUGGCACAGAGGACAUUUUUGUGCACGUCUCUGACAUCGAGGGGGAGUACGUCCCAGUGGAAGGUGAUGAGGUGACAUACAAGGUCUGCCCCAUCCCUCCCAAGAACCAGAAGUUCCAGGCAGUGGAGGUGGUUCUCACCAACCUGGCACCGCACACGAAGCAUGAGACAUGGUCCGGCCAGAUCAUCGGCUCCUAGGUGCCUAGAGGGGCCAGCAGCCCCUCAGCCCCACAGAGGCAGCCUGCCCGGCCACUCGCGGGGGGCACAGGGGGAGCUGAGGUGGCAGCGGGGCCGAGGCUGCCCCCAGACCCGCAGGUUUGCGUUAGGUGUCUUUUAUAAGGUUACAAUUUCCUUUCUCUGUGUGUGUUUGUAAGUGUCUGUCAAGGGGCACAGGGGAAGCAGAGCCCUCCCCUGCCACCCCCCCAGCUCCAGGGGCGGUGACAAGCCUCAUGUUCCCUUCCUUAUCCUGGAGGCCGUGGGGAGGAGGGGAACCAGUCCUACCCACCGGCUUCCUGGCUGCCCCAGGCUGAAGCAGAUGCUGAGAGUAGGAUGGGGCUGAGGGGAGGCUCUGAGGGGGGCUCAUUUCAUUCUCCUGAAUCCUGCUCCAGCAACACAGGCACCUCCUUUGGUCCCACUGCUUGCAGCACGGCAUGCCACGGGGCUGGGGGCAAACGGGGUGCCGUGGGGUGGUGUAUCACUGUGCAGGGACUGAGUGCUUGAGACCCCUCCCCGUCGCUGGCAGCUCACGGCAGCCACCUGAGCCACGUCCCUCCAUCAAAAGAUCUCAGGUCAGCAGUGCCACGGGGAGGCUGGUGGCUUACCGAAAGAAAAACCCUCAGCUAGAAGAAGCAAACAGCUGCUGGCAGGCUGACUGCGUGCUUGGCAUUGUGCCCCGGGGGGCUGCGCCUGGGCGUGGGGCAGGGGUGCACUUGGCACCCUUUGUGCUCCCCGACGCUGCUGGGCUGGUAAUGGGCUUUCCUUGGCUCAGUGCUGACAUGGGUUUGGGGAGCUUGUCACCUUCUCUUCCUCCACCCUUUGUCACUCCAGCCCCCUGGGAACCCCUCCCCCACUUCCUGUGUGUGUGUG